AUGUAUUUUGAUAACGGAACAACGUUUGUCGGAGUUGAUCGCGAGAUGACCAAAGCGGCUGUGCGCGAUCCUAAUUUUUUAAAUUUAACCGCAUCCGAUAAUGUGACGUGGAACUUCAUUCCACCGUCUGCUUCGCACUUCGGCGGCUUGUGGAAGGCCGGCGUACGAAGUGUUAAAACCCAUUUGCGUCGCGUAUUAGGUACUCAUAAGCUCACCUUCGAGGAAUUCACAACUUUGUUAUGCAGGAUCGAAGCCUGCUUAAAUUCACGCCCGAUCGCGCCUCUCUCGAACACGCUAAACGAUUACGAAUGUUUAACUCCGGGUCAUUUUUUGGUCGGAUCCGCUCUUAUUGUAAAUCCGGAACCAUCGCUUCUUCAACUCAACGAGAACCGCCUUUCGCGAUGGCAACUCGUGCUACACAUCACCGAGCGAUUCUGGAAAUUAUGGUAUAACGAUUACGUUACCACCUUACAACAACAAACAAAAUGGCGACAAGUCAAACCGCAAAUUCAGGUCGGUCAACUCGUUCUCUGA